AUGGAAAAGGUAAUUAGUAUGAGAGAGAUUAUUACAAAUACUAGAAAGAUAAAAUUGCAUGAAAAUUUUUUAGAAGAUUGUAAUUUAAAAGAUAUAUUUUACAACGGGUUGGAAACCGUCAACUGUGGGUAUAAUGAUUAUGUAAAUAUCAAGACUUGGCUUUUUGUUAUAUCGGAAAAAUUGUUUUCAGAUGAUUAUGAAGAAUUAGCGUAUGUUGCUUGUGACGCAUUAAAAGUUUUGCUGUGUAAUAACAGAUUUCUAAAUGUAAUUAUUUUUAAAUUGUUAAAGAAAAAUUUGGAAAAAUAUAUAUUAAAAAUAAUGGGUAUAUGCUGUUUAACAGUUGCUUCAAGAAUGCAGCAGAUAAAUGAAACAACUUGUUUUAAAGAAAUAUUGGAAAUGGCAGAUCUGAAAGAUAAAAUUAAUGAAUUUAAUAUAAGACAGAUAGAAAUAGAUGUUUUCGUUUCAUUAGCCCAUUCAGGUUUUUGUUUUGAAAAAAUAGUUACACCUGUUAAUGAAUUAUAUCAUAUUAUGAGUUUUCUGGAAAGUUACCAAAAUUUAUUUGAAGAGGAUGAUUUUCUUAUAUUUAAAUCAUCUAGUAAUUUGAUGUUACGAAUUAUUUAUUGUAUGGUUCCAGUAUUUAAUAUGAACAUAUAUAAUUAUUCAAUUGUCAAUUAUGUUUUAAGAUUAUUUAUUAAAGAUAAUGAAAAAUAUAAAUAUAUUUUUCAAAAACUAAAACAAAAUUAUAUUGACAAAGAAAUUAUUGACAUAUGUAAUUUUCAGAACCAUAUGCUUAACAUUAUUAACGCAUUUAAAAAUACAUCCAUUUUCUCAGCUAAAGAUUCUAUAUUGAACAAGCAAAAUGAUAUUGAUUUAUUUGAUUAUAUAAAUAAAAAAAUAGAAAAGCAGUGGACCAUUUAUAGAGACAAAGAAAUAACAGUAUAG